AUGAUUCAGGGAAUUUUCUAUGCGCGUUUCCUGCCGCUUGAAGGUCCCAUCAUCGUCGCCCAGUCCCCUUCAGGCAGCAUUGUGCCGACGCCGACGACCAUUGCCGCCAAGCCACCUCUCAUCGACUUUGACGUCCUCCAGGAGUACAUCAUCCCCCGCAAGGCCUUCUUCAACCGAUUUCUCACGGUGCAAGAUCCAGAAGGGCGAUACUCCGUCCUGGGAUUCCCCGUGCUCAUUCCCGAUGCCAAGUACCAGCGCAAUGAGUUCAUCUUCAACUUUGGCCUUGUGCUCGAUGCCGACGCCGAGCAGGCGCCUUACGAACGCGUCGUGCGCCGCCUCGCCGUGACCUUUGCCGAGAUGGAGAAGCAGGACGAGUACCUCAGCCAGCAAGAGGCCGACCGCGACGGGCGCCACCCGGGCCCCGGCCACAGCCACAGCCAGAGCCAGAACCGGCGGCCGAUCGAGAGCCUCCUCGAGAUCAUCCGCGAGGACCUCAACAACUACGGCGAGUGCAUGAUCCCCGUCGACGACGCCAACACGAUCAACAUGAAGCUCUUCCCGCACCACCCGCCGCCGCCGCUCGUGCGCGGCUGGCACGUGCCCGUGCCCAAGACCAAGCUCGCCUCCAUCGUCGACCCGACCUGGGACCUGACGCUGCAAAAGGUCAUUGCCCACAUUGACGGCGUCUCGGACGUGCGCCGCAUUGCCUGGCAGGCCGACGUCUCGCUCGACCUCGCCACCCUCGCCCUGCGCCACCUCCUCUACUACGACGUCGUCCUGCUGCUCGACCUCUUCUUCUUCGGCUCCUGCUACGCGCCCCGCGCCCCGGGCAUCCACGACUUUGUCGCCGACGUCGACGGCAUGCUCGACGAGUGCGCCGCCUACGUCUCCGUCGGCGCUCAGCGGGUCGGCCGCUUCCAGCUUGUGCGCCUCAUGAUGAGCUUCUGCGUCGGGCGCUCCGUCAUGGAGUGGCUGCGCGGCCACCAGGAGGCUGGCUUUGACGUCCUGCGCCACGUCGACGUGCGCCGCUUUGUCCAGUUUGCCGUCAUCAAGGGGUGCCUGUAUCGCGUGCACAAGUACGUCGUCAGCAAGCAGUACCUGGCCGCGCUGGCGACGGGCCAGGCGACGCCCGGAGGGGGUGGUAGUGGUGGCGGCGGCAGUGGGGCGUCGGAUCCGCUGCAAAAGUAUACCGAUGGCUGUCACUCCUUUGACCAGAUCAUCACGGAACGCGACCUUGCGGACGGCGAAAUCAUGGACAAGCUCAAGAGGUUGCCGCUGCCGCAGGGGGAUCUGACUGUGUUUUACAGAUGA